CCUUUCUUCCCCGCCAUCAUUCAACGUUUGCAAAAGUCAAACAGCUACCAACUCGCUAUCAAAUAUACGUCCAGCCCAUCAUGGUGUUCCCACCUUCAAUGACCCCCUACGUUACCCCACACAUCCUUCACAAGAACUAUGCUCAAGCUUUCGACAAUGAGCAACUGUCAAACCUCAUCGGCCAGGACAUCGAGUACUUCUCGCAGGCUGGUUUCGACAUGGACAAGAUCACGCUCAAGAGGAAUGCACCCGUGGCUCUGCUUUACGAGGACGCCAUCCGGAAUGAGGGUGCCAUCAUUUCCUCUUCAGGCGCACUCAUCAACUUUUCUGGAAAGAAGACCGGACGGUCUCCGAAGGACAAACGUAUCGUAUUCGAGGAGACGAGUAAGGAUGAUAUCUGGUGGGGCAGCGUGAACAUCAAAAUGGAUGAACAUACCUUCGAGAUCAACCGCGAGCGUGCUAUUGACUACCUCAACACCCGCGACAAUGUUUACGUUUUCGACGGAUACGCUGGCUGGGACCCAAAGUACAGGAUCAAGGUCCGCGUCAUUUGCGCUCGUGCCUAUCAUGCCCUCUUCAUGAACAACAUGCUCAUCCGACCAACGGAAGAGGAACUCGCCACCUUCGGCGAGCCAGACUUCAUCAUCUACAACGCUGGCCAGUUCCCCGCAAAUAGGUUCACCAAGGGCAUGAGCUCAACCACCUCCGUUGAGAUCAAUUUCAAGCGCAUGGAGAUGGUUAUUCUCGGAACCGAGUAUGCCGGUGAGAUGAAGAAGGGCGUAUUCUCCGUUAUGCAUUAUCUCCAGCCCGUCAAGUUUGGCCAGCUCUCCCUUCACUCGUCCGCCAACGUCGGUAUGGAGAAGGGCGAUGUUACUCUCUUCUUCGGUCUCUCUGGUACCGGCAAGACCACACUGUCUGCCGACCCUAACCGUCUCCUCAUCGGCGACGACGAGCACGUCUGGUCUGACACCGGUGUCUUCAACAUCGAGGGCGGCUGCUACGCCAAGUGUAUCAACCUCUCCGCAGAGAAGGAGCCCGAGAUUUUCAACGCUAUCCGCUUCGGCUCCAUCCUCGAGAACGUCGUCUACAACCCGAACUCCAGGGUACCAGACUACGACGAUAUCAGCAUCACCGAGAACACACGGUGCGCGUACCCGAUCGAGUACAUCCCCAACGCUAGGAUCCCUUGCUCGGUCGACUCACAACCGAAGAACAUCAUCAUGUUGACAUGCGACGCGUUCGGUGUUCUUCCCCCUGUGAGCAAGCUCACACCAGAGCAGGCCAGCUACCACUUCUUGGCCGGUUAUACCUCGAAAACACCAGGUACCGAGGACGGUGUUCUAGAGCCCAUCCCCACCUUCUCUACCUGCUACAGCGCUCCCUUCAUCGUCCUUCACCCCGGCCGCUACGCCGAGAUGCUCGCCGAGCGUAUGGCCAAGCACAACGUCGACUGCUGGCUCAUCAACACCGGCUGGACAGGCGGAAAGUACGGCACAGGCAAGCGUUGCCCGCUCAAGUACACCCGCGCCAUCGUCGACGCCGUCCACUCCGGCGAGCUCGCCAAGGCCAACUUCGAGACCUUCGAGACCUUCAACCUCUCGAUCCCGACCGGCCUCGAGGGCGUUCCUCGCGAGCUGUUGAACCCGAGCCUCGCGUGGCCCGAUAGGGCUGCGUUCGAGAAGGAGGUGAAGAAGCUGGCGGGGAUGUUCGUGAAGGCGUUCGCGCUGUAUGAGAAGGAUGUGGAGGAGAAGGUGAGGUUGGCUGGGCCGCAGAUCAAGGCUUGAGUCGGGUGACGUGGUGGGGCUCGUUCGCGUUGUGAUAGAGGUCGUUUGGGGGUGGGCUUCCGUAUCGUUACGGUAGAUGAUGGACGGUUUCAUUAUGAUUUAGUUUGAUCGCAGGUUAUGGAAACUGGAAGUCACGCGCUUGCUUUGAUUGUAUGUAUUUUACCUUCGCAAGAAUGAAUAUCUGCUGUAUCUUUUUCGCGAUCUAUUCGCUGUCGUCUGGGCUCAUGGUUCUCAUCUCAUGGACUGGAUGUUCAAAUGCUUGCGUUUAUUUGGAUACGUGUUAUGGCCUUAUUCACGGAUAAGUACUCUGUUGCAGUUAUGGAGGACCAGCUAUCGAUUGCCAGCGAGGGUACACUACAUUGUACAACGAGUAGCAUGCUACUUCUACGCCACAAAAUUUAAAUAAUGGAAAACGCUCGUGGCCUUGCAC